UACUUCAUAAUAUUCGGCUUCUUUUCAUAAUCCUCAGCUCCUUACGUACUUAUCAUUUAGUCAGAAUGUAUCCAUCCGACCACAAUCAAUCUUCAGCCGUAGUGGAAAAACCUUCACGGGGGCCAUACACAAGUCCACCGCCGAUAGGUUAUCCGACCAGAGAUGCGGUGGUGGGUGAUCCUCCGGCAGCUGCAGUGGAAACGAAAUCCAAGGGCGAUGGCUUUUGGAAAGGA